AUGUUGUACUUCAUUCCCUACUUCCUCAUCACUCACAGCCUUUUUCUUUUCUCUCUUUCUCUGUCACUCUUUCUUUUUACUCUUUCUUUUCUCUCUUUCUCCAUCUCUAUUCCUUUUUACUCUUUCUUUUCUCUCUUUCUCUGUAACUCUUUCUUUUUACUCUUUCGUUUCUCUCUUCCUUUAUCUCUCUUUCUGUUUGCUCUUUCUUUUCUCUCUCUCUCUCUCUCUCUCUUUCUUUCUUUUUUUGCUCUUUCUCUUUUACUCUUUCUUUUCUCUCUUUCUCUGCCAUUCUUCUUUUUUACUCUUUCGUUUCCCUCUUCUUUUAUGGAGAAUUUAGUUACUUUCACUUGUUCCUUUUUUAUUCAUUUCCUUCUUUCUCUUCAAAUUCUGUCUUUUAUUUUCUCUUCUUCUUCGGCCACCAUCCUCUUUAUUAUUUUUGCCAGAAACUAUUCAUUGACAUAUUUCAUCUAUUUUUUGUUAUUCUUCCUUGGCUUUCUUUCUUUCUUUCUUCCUUUCCUUCUUCCUUUCUUUCUUCCUUUCUUCCUUUCUUUCUUUCUUCCUUUCUUUCUUUCUUCCUUUCUUCCUUUCUUUCUUCCUUUCUUCCUUUCUUUCUUUCUACCUUUCUUUCUUUCUUUCUUCCUUUCUUUCUUUCUUCCUUUCUUUCUUUUCUCCUUUCUUUCUUCCUUUCUUUCUUUCUUCAUUUCUUUCUUUCUUCCUUUCUUCCUUUCUUUCUUCCUUUCUUUCUUUCUCUCUUUCUUCCGUUUCUUCCUUUCUUUCUUUCUUUCUUCCUUUCUUUCUUUCUUUCUUUCUUUCUCGUCUCUUCAUUCUUUCCAUUACUUCAUUUCAGCUUAUUCAACGUCAUUAUUAAUCUUUCCAUUUAAAAUUCUUUCUCUUCCCUUACACUUCUUCGUUUAUUCUUUCAUUUUUGUAUCUUUCGCAGUUCUCUCUUUCUUUUUCUUUUUCUUUUUCUCUUUCUUUUUCUUUUUCUCUUUCUUUUUCUUUUUCUCCUUCUUUUUUUUAUUUUCGCCACUAUUAAUGUUCCACAGCAAUUUCUUCUUUUCCUUGACGCUCCUUCAUUCUCUUUUUUUUUCCUUCUCUUUUUCCCUUCAUUCUUAUCUAUUUUCCACACUCUCUUUUUCACUUCCCAUCUUCCCAUCUUCAUCUAUCUUCUUCGGUGCAACAAUUAAUCUCGCCAUCGAUUUAUUUAUUUUUUUUUUAUUCCUGCUUUCUUUUCUUCAUUUCUUGGUUCUUAUCUCAUUCUCAAUUCUCAUUCUCCAUAAUUCAUUUUAUUUUCUGUCAUCUUCUCUUCCCCUGUUUACCUCUUCAUCGAAUUCCUUUUUCCUGACCUUCCUUCUUUCACUCUUUCCUUCUCUCUUUCAUCUUCGGUCUUUAUUGACUUCUCAAUCGAAUGUUUUUAUUUUCCAUAGAUUUCUUUUUUUACUUCUUUCUUUCGUUCUUUCUUUCUUUCGUUCUUUCUUUCUUUCUUUGAUUCUUCUCUCUUUUUCAGUCCUUCUCUAUUUUCAACUUUUUCAACACCUCUGUGGACUUCUCCGUCGAAUUUUCUUUAGUCCGACCUUUUCUCUCCUUCUUUUCAUUCCUUCCUUCUUUUUCAAUGCUUCUUUCUUUCUUCUUACUCUUCUUUCUCUUCCGUCUCAUAUUCAUUCGCCUUCUUCAUUGAUCCUUUUUCUUGAUCUACAUUCUUUCUUUUUCUUUUAUUCUUUCUUUGAUUCUAGUUUCUUCCAUCUUCAUCUUCAAUGCCACUGUAGACUUCUCAGUCGAAUUUUCUUUACCCCGACCUUUUCUCUCCUUCUUUUCAUUCCUUCCUUCUUUUUCAAUGCUUCUUUCUUUCUUCUUACUCUUCUUUCUCUUCCGUCUCAUAUUCAUUCGCCUUCUUCAUUGAUCCUUUUUGACGAUCUACAUUCUUUCUUUUCUUUUAUUCUUUCUUUGAUUCUUCCUUCUCCUUUUAUCCAGAGUUUCUUCCAUCUUCAUCUUCAAUGCCACUGUAGACUUCUCCGUCGAAUUUUCUUUACCCCGACCUUUUCUCUCCUUCUUUUCAUUCCUUCCUUCUUUUCAAUGCUUCAAAUUUUUCUUCUUACUCUUCUUUCUCUUCCGUCUCAUAUUCAUUCGCCUUCUUCAUUGAUCCUUUUCUUGAUCUACAUUCUUUCUUUUUCUUUUAUUCUUUCUUUGAUUCUGUUCUCAUUUUUUUUAGUCCUUCUCCUUUUAUCCAGAAAUUUCUUCCAUCUUCAUCUUCAAUUUUGGAUGAUAGACUUCUCCGUCGAUUUUUCGAGAUUACCCCACUCUACCUUUUCUCUCCUUCUUUUCAUUCCUUCCUUCUUUUUCAAUGCUUCUUUCUUUCUUCUUACUCUUCUUUCUCUUCCGUCUCAUAUUCAUUCGCCUUCUUCAUUGAUCCUUUUUCUUGAUCUACAUUCUUUCUUUUUCUUUUAUUCUUUCUUUGAUUCUGUUCUCAUUUUUUUAGUCCUUCUCCUUUUAUCCAGAGUUUCUUCCAUCUUCAUCUUCAAUGCCACUGUAGACUACUCCGUCGAAUUUUCUUUACCCCGACCUUUUCUCUCCUUCUUUUCAUUCCUUCCUUCCUUCCACCCUGCCUUCUUUUCUUCCUUCGAUCCAAUUCUUGACUUUUUCUUGAUCUACGUUCUUUCUUUCCUUCUUUCUCUUUCUUUCAUUCUCUCAUUCCUUCUUUCUCUUUCUUUCCGUCUUUCUUUCUUUCAUUCUCUUAUUCCCUCUUUCUUUUUCUUUCCGUCCUUCUUUCUUUCAUUCUCUCAUUCCUUCUUUUUCUUUCCGUCUUUCUUUCUCUCCUUCCGUCAUUCCUUCUUUCUCUCAUUCCUUCUUUCUCUUUCUUUCCGUCUUUCUUCUUUCCUACUCUCAUUCCUUCUUUCUUUUUCUUCCUGUCUUUCUUUCUUUCAUUCUCUCAUUCCUUCUUUUUCUUUCCGUCUUUCUUUCUUUCCUUCUCUCUUUCUUUCAUUGAUUGUGAUCACAGUCCUUCUCUCUUUCUCCUCAAUUUCUAUGUUGAUCUUCUUCAACGCCGCUAUCGAUUUCUCUUCCUUCCUUCCUUCCUUCCUUCCUUUGAUUCUUUUUUCUUUUUCUUUCUCAAUCAUUCUAUCUUCUUUCUUACUUUCUUCUUUCUCUCCUUAUUUUCUUCUUAUCGCUGACCUCCCUUCCUUCCUCCUUUCUUUACUUCCUUCCCUUAUUUUUUUUUCUUUGUCCUUCUUGACAGACAAAUUUGUCUUCUCCAAUUGA